UCUAAUGAUGUUUAUUCCAGUGUGAUGUUCAUCAAAUCAACAAGGGAUAUAUAGAUUGAACUUGAAGAUCGAUUCUCCUUGACUAAUGGACUUAGGAUCUUCCAGUAUAGCAAUCCAUUUCUAAUUUGACACAAGGUUAGAUGAAUAUCGUUGAUUACUUCACACAAUUAAAGUCCUUAUGACAUGAACUGAUGAGUUACAGGCCAAUUCCCGAGACAUCUCCCGCUUCUUUGGAAAUCUUGGUUGAUUAUCAGAAUCAAGAUUAUGUAAUGAAAUUCUUGAUGGGCCUAAAUGAGUCAUAUGGUUAUCUUAAAAGCCAAAUCCUUCUAAGCAAUCCCUUACCUCCUAGAAACAAGGUGUUUGCAUUGCUCAUGUAAGAAGAGAGGCAAAGGGAGAUCAGUUUAGUGAUUAUUACUGAACCAACUGCUAUGCUAGGACGAGCUACAGGAAAUCAAGGAAAUAAACAGAGUCAUGGCAAGAAAGAAAAACCUGUGUGUUCCCACUGUGGACUUCUAGGACACACGGCUGAAAUAUGUUACAAAGUACAUGGGUAUCCUCCAAGCUAUAAGUCAAGGUACAAACACAAUGCUCCUUCAGCAAAUCAAGUAAUCUUGACAACCAACACUGAGCAAUCUAGUGAAGUGCAGCAUCUUCCAUUCACUCAGGAACAACUUAGGCAGAUCAUGGCAAUCAUGCAUCCUUCACCUGAAAUACAGCCACAGCCUUCAGUUGCUCAAGUUACUAAACCUUUCACCCACAGUACAAGAUCUUUUUCUGAAGAUCAUCUCUUCUCUACAAUGACAGGACCUACAGACACAUGGAGGAUGAUUGGAUUGGGUGAAGAGAAGGCAGGUCUCUAUCAUCUCCUUUAUAAACAUUCAGCUAUGUCAGUUUCCAAUACAACUUUCAAUAAGAAUAGCCUGCUCACUAUACCUGCUUCAUUCUUUGCCAAUGCUUCUGAUUUCAAUGUCUAGCAUUAUAGAUUAGGACAUCCAUCCAAGCCUAGACUAGAUUUGCUGCAUAAAUCUGUCCCUAAAAUAAAAGAAUCAAAUUUUGGUCAUUGUAAUAUUUGUCCUCUUGCUAAACAGAAGAGGUCAUUUUCAAACAGCAAUAAUAAGUGUUCAAUAGCUUUUCAA